UAUAUUGAAAUAAUAUACAUUUUAAAAAACAACUCGAUGUCUUUAGAAAGAAUGUGUGUGGAUUUCGACUUGCGCAACGUCUACUGUGACGCGCCCUUACUUUCAGUAUUGGGCAACUAUCGCGAUGCUAGAACGAGGUAAGACCAAAGAGAGAACGAGGGGGUAGCUAAAGCAAGCUAGCGUUCCGUCACCGAGUUGUAUAGAUGACUAGAUUUGUGUUCAUUUGAUACAGAUAAGCCCCAUAUCAUAAUAACGAACAGGCUCGCCGAUGACACGACAUAUCUAGGAACAGUCUUAUUUCGUUAGAAAAUGGCUACAAGCAAUCGUUCUCCGCGGGAAGAAGGGGAACUAGAAGACGGAGAGAUCUGUGAUGAUGACACCGAGGAAAAUUUGCCUGUCGAGCUUUGCGGCGGUAGGCCAAGCGUUGAUUCUUCUAGGAGGCUAAACCACCAUCAUACACAUAAUUUGUUGCCUCUAAUGGCACACCCACCGCCAGAUUUUCGACAUUUAAUGCCAUUCGACUUCGGACCUCAUUUGCUCGGACCCUUCCCCCCGAGCCACCGACAGCAAUGUGGGCCUAGUGGGCCUGAUCGACCUCCCCCGCCGGGGCUUGGUCCACCGCACAUGGACUUGAACCAACGAUCAGGCUUCUGGGAACGAAGUCACAACGCCUUGGGGAGGUAUAGGCACAGGGCUGUUCCGCCUGGAGGACGCGACGACUGGAGCAGACCAAUCUGGGGCGAAGGCGGUGGGGCAGGUCGCGGUGCGGCCAAUCUGAGACCGCCAUCUGAACGUUAUGGACCUGGAGAGCUCCAACUCAACAAGAACGAAUCUCCUCCUAGAAAACAAAAGCAGCCCUGGCCGAUUCAGGUGAGAAAACCAGGGCACAGUGUUGCGAAAUCUGAAAACGUGAUGGACGAGAGCUUUGAGGACCUGCUAUCAAAGUACAAACAGAUCCAGCUGGAGCUAGAAUGCAUCCGGAAGCAGGAAUCCAAGGCCCUAGAGCCCAGAGACUCCCCCUCCAGAGACCAGCCGCCGCCAGAGAUUCUUGCCAAUGUUACAGUGCAAAGAACCGAAGCAGAACCCGCCAGUAUUCAGAGUCACAGUGCCAUCGAGGAGGCGGCCGACCCACAGAGGACUGAGAAGAAAGUAUUCCAGGCUUUCAAUCUUAAGCCCUUGCGCCAAAAGCUGCUCACUCCGCUCGAAUUGGACGCAUUGAAGAAGAAACUAGAAGAGGAGAACGGUGUUGGACAGGAGGUGGAACAGGGGCAAGCUCAGCAGGCGGACGGCCCGGAGGGUGACGUGGUUCAAGUCCCUGCUUGUCUCAGAGGAAAUGGAGAAGGCCCCAAUCAUGCAGAAGCAAUGCUUCCUGGAGAAGACCUGAUUGUGCUGGAUGAAUGUUUCGGCUGUGCAGAGGAAGAGGAGCACGGAGACCUGGAAAAAAAUCCAAACUUCAGCCGAGAGUUGUCAACGUCCAGUGAAGACUCGGUGACUUCCCCUGAAAAGACCGGUCUUCCCAGGAGAGUGGAGGAGGAGGAGCUGUCUGAAAUGCAGCUCAGGCUCCUGGCGUUGCAGUCGGCGAGUAAGAAAUGGCAACAGAAAGAGCAGCAGGUCAUGAAGGAGAGCAAGGAGCGCAUCACCAAGGCUUCCCAGGACAAGAAUUUAGGUAUGAUCCCAGGGAAUGCCACCCUUGGAAGGCCCAGAGUCACGACCAGGUCUGCCUCCACCGCAGCGGCCGCGGAGAGGGCCAGGACCAGGGUCAUGCCCCUGGAGAGGGCCCGGGAGAGGGCCCGGUCUGCAGCAAGGACCGCUGCCGCCAGGCCUGCAGUCAGGACCCCUGGCAGGCCUGCUGCCAAGCCCGGGCUCAGGCCUCCUGCUGCCAGGCUCAUGGACCGGGGCCGAGCCAGUCCCUUAGAGAGAGAGCGAGCCAAGCCCGUCUCCAAGUUGGCCGCGGAGAGGAGCCGAACCCCAGGAAAGGCUCCCCUGGCCAAGAAGAUGAUCAGCCCAGGUUCGUCGGCCAAGCAGGCGGCCCGCAAGCAGCAGCUGCGCACGUGGAAGCUGCAGCAGCAGAGCGAGGAGGAGAAGCGGAGGCUGGAGGACGAGGAGCGCAGCAAGCGGGAGGAGGAGAUCCGCAAGAUCCGCGACCUGUCCAACCAGGACGAGCAGUACAACCGCUUCAUGAAGCUGGUCGGAGGCAAGGCCCAGGCCCGCAGCAAGUCGAAAGACAGGGAACACAGGAAGUCGAUGAGUAAGCAGGGCCUGGAUGCCUCGGGUAACCUCUACCAGUACGACAACUAUGACGAGGUGGCCAUGGACACAGACAGUGAGACUGGAUCACCAGCCUCUUCGCCAGCGCACCACCCCCUGUCCACGGAGUACCUCCCAUCCAUGUCUUACUUGCCCUGCUACCCUGCAGACUCCACCCACUUCGGAAUGAACUUGGUGCAGCAGUUCCUCCCCCACAUGCUUCCCGGUGUUCCCCCCCCACCUCCCCCUCCGGAUGAGUCCCUGCCUCCCAAACCUCCGUUUGCGGAUGAGGAGGAAGAGGAGGAGAUGCUGCUCCGGGAGACAUGUUUGAUGUCCAUGGCCAACAAGAGGGUCCCUGGGCCUGGGGAGGAGAGCCCAGACAGCGAGCCUCCUUCUCCUAAAGCCCCGGCCCCUGUUGGAGUCCAGCUACCACCCAGGGGCAACCUGAGCAUGGUCAACCUGAACGCCGUGCCCCAGGCGCGGGCACCCAAGUUCAGCAGAGGCCACCACGUCCCCAGGCCCCCUCUCGUGCUCCCCAGACACCGGCCGGUGGUGGUGCAGCUCCACGACUCCGACGACAGCGAAUCUGAGCCGGAAGCCUCCAGCUCUACGAUGUCCUCCUUUGGGUGCCUGGACCUGAUGAUCAAGGAGGCCAGGCGGACUGUUGAGGCGGCGAAGCCGAAAGCGGCGGUCUCGGAGAAGGAGAACAACCCACUGAAGACCCCUGAGGCCCUGCCAGAGGCAAAGAAGACAGAGUACCGCAAGCUGAGGGAGGAGAUUGCAAGCCGCGAGAAGCAGCGGCUGCUCAAGGACCCGAGUCACAGCCCCAUGGGCUCUGCGUCGCCGGCAGCCUCUGACACGGAGAUGGACACGUUCUCCAGGGCCUCGGCCGAGCUUCACCUCUCGGCCACAGAGAAGAGGCUCACCAAACACCGAGCCAUCAUGCAGAAGGACGAAGCAAUCUUGAGACAGCUGCUCCAACAGGAGCUGAAGAAACGCGAGUCUCUGGGCGCUGCCGAGGGCAAAGUGGCCAAGCUGAGGGAACAGCUGCUCGCCUCGGAGAAGGUUGUCAGCGCCAACCUCACUCUGCUCAAGAAGCUCCAGGAACAGGUGCAGCGUGUGGAACACCGCGUGGCCGUAAAGAAGGACCAGGCGGGGAAACUGGAGAAAGAGUUGUCCCAAGCCCAGCUGGCCGCCGGGAGAGGGAUCAAGAGGAGACUGGAACCCAACCACUCAAAGUCGGGGAAGCUGUCCCGUCUGGACGCCGCCCCGCACGCCGGCCGCCACUUCGCCGAGCUCAUCGCCCAGAAGCAGCGGCUGCAGCAGCUGGAGUCGGAGUACGCCCAGAAGAUCCAGAAGCUGAAGGAGACCCAGGCCCUACACAACCGGGCCAGCCUGGCAGAAGCCCCGAGGGCCCCCACGCCCCCACAGCCCCAGACCCAGCCUCUACCGCCGUCGCUACCGCAGCCUCUGCCACAACCCCAGCCCCCGGCCCCGGCCCCGCCCCCCCCUGCGCCGCAGGCCCCGCCCUCCAGCCCCUUCGCCCUUCCCCAGCCCUCCCUGCUCGACCUCUCCCAGGACAAGCUGACCCUGGGCAACGAGGAGCCGCCCGACGACGGCGAGGGGGAGCCGGCCCCCGCCACCGGUCGAGGGGCCCGCCGCCUCUCCCUACGCCAGCAGGGCACCUUCACCAAACCCAAGCUGGAGCAGCCGGGGGGUUCCACGCCCGCCGCCCCGAACAAGCCCGCCGCCAUGGCUAAUGCCACGCCCACCAACACGGCCACGCCCAGCUCCCAGCCGGCGGCCGCAGGCUCCACUGGGCCCACGCCGGUGUUCCAGGGCCUGGACGCCGAGGCCCUGAAGGCCCAGUACGAGCUGCAGGUGGAGCUGGGAGAGCUCCUGCAGAGAGAGCUGCGGAAGGCCUGGGAGGACACCGAGAGCCCGCCCGCUGGAAAGGUUAUCGUUGUGGACUUGGAGACGGUGACAAGCACAGCAGCGUUGCCAGAACUGAAGCCAGUACCAUUUGCACCAUAUCACAGCCCUCUCCUGGCGUUCAAGGCCUACAGGUUCAGCCCGUAUUACAGGACCAAGGAGAAGUUGUCUCUGAGCUCGGUAACGUACAGCAACACUGUGGAGGCCAAAACCAGCUUCUGUCGCUUCGACCUCACCGGCACCUGCAACGACGACGACUGCCAAUGGCAACACAUGAGAAACUGUAUGCUGAGCGGAAACCAGCUGUUUCAGGAUAUCCUGUCCUACAACCUGCCUCUGAUCGGCUGUUCAGAGAGCAGCUCAGACGAUGACGUCAGAGUUUCUACAGAAAAGUACAUCAAGAAGCUGUUUGGCGCCCCUACCAAGGACCGCAUGGGCAUCGACCAGAAAGCUGUGCUCCUGGUCAGCAAGGUCAACGAGAGCCAGCGCCACGUCCCUCCAUUCACCACCUGUAAGGACGUAAGGAGGUGGAGGCCCAAGCAGGCCGCACAGAGGAGCUCUGCUCCUUCUGAGGACAGUGACGAGGAGAGCCCGGGAGACGCUCCAGCUGCAGGGAAACACGUCGAGCGGACCAAGAGCAGACUGGCGUCCCUGGACGUGUGUGUGGCGCCGGAGGACAGGCGCUACUUCAUCAGCGAGACGGACGACAUCGCCAACCUGGAGAGCAGCGUGGCGGAGAGCCCCCGCGACGCCCAGCUCUGGAUCAAGCUGGCCUUCAGAUACCUCAGCCAGAACGACACCCCUGCGUCAGAGAGCCUGGAGGCCGCUCUCAACACGCUGUCCCGUGCCCUGGAGGACAACAGCAGCAACGCUGAGAUCUGGUGCCACUACCUGUCCCUGUUCUCCAGACGCGGCAGCUGGAAGGAGGUCCAGGAGAUGUGCGAGAUGGCUGUGGAGAACGCCCCCGACCCCCAAGUCUGGUGGAGAUAUCUGAACCUGGAGAGCUCGUUCGAGGGCAAGGACUACGUGUGCGACCGGCUUCUGCGCUUCCUCGUUGCCAGGGCGACGUCGGACGGCGUCACAGAGAAGCUGUCCUUCCAGCUGCUGGAGACGCUGCUCUACCGGGUGGACCUGAACAUCUUCACCGGCCGCAUCGGGGGCGCCCUGGCCAUCCUACAGAAUUCCUUGAAGUCGGCCAGCGAGAGGUGCAUCGCGGAGCACCUGACGGCCAGCGACCGCACGCUGCUCUGGCUCUCCUACAUCCACCUGACGGAGUUCGACUGCCUGCCGUCCUGCCUGUACGACCCGGCCGCCUCGGGCCCUGGCCGGCUGGUCAGCAGGGAGCCCUUCCAGCUGCCCUGGAGGUCUGCCCAGGACAUCAGCACGCCGCCCCAGACCCUGGUGGCUCUGUUCCAAGAUGCCAUCCUUCAGUGCACGGAUGAGAAGCUGCCGGCUGCAGAGAGGGUGAUGGCCUGCCUUCCUCUGCACACCAACCUCCUCUGCCUCAACCGCUUCCUUGGAAGGCUGGAGGAGGCAGUGCAGCUGUGCGAGCCCCUGCUGGAGGCGUGUCCCGUGGCGUGCGAGCUGCGGGAUGCCCUGGCAGACCUCCACCAACGCCAGGGCAACGGCGAGCAGGCGGUCACCGUCUGGCUGCACGCGCUGGCCGAGUGUCCCAACAACGCGCAGAUCUUCUACCACACCUGCCGCUUCCUCAUGGCCCAGGACAAGCCCAGCGCCAUCCCUCCCCUGUUCGGGGCCUUCUUCCUCUCCCUCUGUGAGGACGAGCAGAACCAGUUGGACCCCCUGGACAUCCUGCGACACAUCCUUGGCCUCCCGACUUCAGUUAUAUUGAAGGGGUCGAUCAUCAAGAAGCACCUGGAGGAGAAGCUCCUGCCACAGAUGCCCUACCUUCACCUGAUCCACUGCCGGUGGAACUGGCUCCAGGGCUCCACGGAGGAGACGGCCAGCGCCUUUGAGCGGGCGCUGGGGUCGGCCAUGCCUCUGGACCUUCUUCAUAAGCUCUGGAUGGACUACCUGCUGUUCAGCAGCUGCCGGCCGGGCGGGGCCCAGGCCCCUAGGGGGCGCUCCAGGGGGCUGUGGGAGCUGGUGCAUCGCUGCCUGGGCACCGUGCCGUCCCGGCUGGAGGUCCCCUUCAGCCCCGCCCAGUACUGGAGCUGCUACCGCUUCCACAACAAGGUGGUGAACCAUUACCUGAGCUGUUUGCUCCCAUCCCAGCACGCAAUGGUCCUGGAGAAACUCCGCUAUGCCAUGCCCAACAACGCUGAGCUGGGCCUCAGGUUAUUGUACCAGGAGUGGCGGGAUGGAGGCAUGGAACACCUCAAGUUCCAGGCCCGCCUGCUGACCACCAGCCAUCCAAAGUGUUUGGCCAUCUGGAAAAUAGCCAUCGCUGUGGAGUGGGAGCUGAAGGAGCGAGCGGAGGUGCGUCUCCUGUAUCGGCAGGUCCUCCGCCAUCUACCGCUGUGUGCUGCCCUGUGGAAAGAUCGCCUGUUGUUCCAAGCGGCGGAGGGAGGUAAUUCUGAUAAGCUGAGGAAACUGGGGGACAGGUGUCGAGAGCUGGGAGUGAGUCUAAAUGAGCCACUAAGUUUAGGCCCCGCCCAAACUCAGGGAGACCAUACAUGAAGCAGGCUGAGACCCAUCCCUCCCCCCCCUCCCCCCACA